CAUGGAGGCUCGGGCGACCUUCUGCCGCGAGGAAAUCAACAGCACCGUGUGGGAGGUUCCGGAGAAGUACACCCAUCUCAAGCAGAUCGGAACCGGGGCGUACGGUUGUGUUUGAAGAACAUGGGCACGUGCGAAAUGGAUCAAUUCGAUCAACUCUGAUGGCUUCGCGGGGAAUUUUUGCAUCGCUUAUGGCCUGAAGUUAAUUUUGGUUUUCAGCGGCAUUUCAGCUCGGUGACCUUAUAGCACAGGUGCAGUCUCUGAAGGAAAUGCAAUUUCUGUGCACAGCAGAUCAAUAAUAAUACACACAUGACACACAUUUCUUGUCUUUAUACUCAUGUGGACCACAUUAGUAGCCCCUUUUAACUGAUGCCAAAAAUGCCAACUGUCCCCCUGUUUUCUAUUGCGCUUCAUCGUUAGGGUCCCGCCGGGUUAGCUGGAACCUCACCCAGCUGAUUUUGGGCAGGAGGCGGGAGAAAAACCCCUGGACUGGUUGCCAGCCAAACACAGCAAAUAGAAAAUAUAGAAUAUAUAUUAAAAAAAUAAAUAAAAUAUGCAAAACAACCAUCCACACCAAUGGGCAAUUUUGAGUCUUCAGUGAACCUAAGAUAUGUUUUUAGGCUGCGGGUGGAAGCUGGAAUUCCCAGGCAGAACACACUCAAGCACAGGGAGAUCAUACAAAGUGUCCAAUGCUGCUGUGAAGGCCCACAGCCAGGACUCGCUCCCAAAGUGCUGAGCACUGGGCACUGGCAAAUGCACACUCAGAAUGCAAUCAAAUGAUGUCUUGUGCCAUUAUUCGCCACAGCUCAGCAACAAAUGAGAAGAUCAAGGAGAGAGUGGCCAUCAAGAAGCUCCACAGGCCCUUCCAAUCAGAGAUCUUCGCUAAAAGGGCAUAUCGGGAACUGCGGUUGCUCAAACACAUGAAGCAUGAAAAUGUGAUAGGACUUCUUGAUGUGUUUACACCCGUUUCAAGCCUCGAUGACUUCCAGGACUUCUACCUGGUGAUGCCUUACAUGUUUACUGACCUGUCAAAGGUGCGAGGUCAUCUCUCCGAAGACAAAGUCCAGUUUCUUGUCUACCAAAUGCUGUGUGGACUCCGGUACAUUCACAAGGCAGGAAUUAUUCACAGGGAUCUCAAACCUGGAAACUUGGCUGUAAACCAAGACUGUGAGCUGAAGAUCCUAGACUUUGGGCUAGCUCGGAGUACCGACGCUGAGAUGACAGGCUAUGUGGUGACCCGUUGGUACCGGGCGCCUGAGGUCAUCCUGAACUGGAUGCACUACACACAGACUGUGGACAUCUGGUCUGUGGGCUGCAUCAUGGCCGAAAUGAUCAACGGAAAAACCCUUUUCAAAGGGAAAGACUACAUGGACCAGCUGACACAAAUCAUGAAAGUGACCGGAGUGCCUGGACCAGAGUUCAUCCAGAAGCUGGACAGCGCGGAGGCCAAAAAAUAUGUGAAGGCUCUUCCUCACUAUCCUCGAAAAGACUUCUCGACGUUGUUUCCCCGAGCCAGUGCAAACGGCAUUGACCUGCUGGAGAAGAUGCUGGUCCUGGACGCUGACGAGAGACCCACAGCUGAACUGGCGCUGGAGCACCCGUACUUCGACAGCCUCAGGGACCCAGAUGACCUCCCUGAGCCCGAACCGUACGAUGACAGCCACGACAAUGCCACGUUAUCUCUCGAGGAGUGGAAGCGGUUAUGUUUCCGAGGGGUGAAGAGCUUUGUGCCGUUCCCCCGGCGAGACUCCAAGAGGAAAAACACGUUGACUAUGACUCCCUGACUUGAUAAAUGUCUUGUAGAAACAUACACGUAUGCUCAUGUCCUAACUACUGCACAGCCAAUUGUGCCCUUGUAAAUUACAAUUAAGCAUUCCUUUUAUUUCUUUCACCCUGAUCAUUUUUACAUUUCAAAUCAUUUUUUAAAAACUAUUUUGAGUCAAGUGUAGGUGUUUGUGAAAGAGACAUUUCAUGUUACUCAUUCAAUUUCCUUUCGGUGAAUUGCCUUGUAACUUUUUUUUUUUUUUUUUUUUUUUUUAGUCUUUUUCAGUAAAACAAAUGUACUUGCGCGUAACCAGGUAAUUAUAGUGUUAUUACUGUUUUAACUUUAUAAGGCAAUAUUCACCACAUCACAAAUGUAGUGAGUACAUGAAAUGUAAUUGUCAAGCACAUUAUAUGACCUUGGGUCUUGGUAUGAUGAUUGUAUUUUAUUUUUGGUCAUUUGUUAUUUCAUUGUGCUUUCUGUUUGCACUUUAUGACUUAAUUUUAAGACAAACACGUCCCUGCUCAAUGUUGCUAUUUUUUUAUGUGAAAUGAACAGGUGCAUUUGCAUGUUUUUGUUCCAAAAUUCAAUACAUAUAAAGUAAAUUCAAUGAUAAAAGCUGGAACAAAUGAACUAAAUUCUGAAAUGUAUUAAAUUGUCAGUCAUUGUAUUUAAGUGCGAAAUAUCUUAAAAUAAUGUAUUUACAAAUACGUUAACAGGCACUGGUCAUAAAAUAAUUUCUAUAAUUGUUUCAGAGGAUGUUUUACGCAUUUAUGAAUAUAUCAAUGAACAUUUUAGUUAUUCAUUUCAAUGAGCUGACACAUAUUUUACAUUUCAAGGCUUGUAGAAUGCUAGAUUAUUGCUCCCAGCUUGUACAUUGGUGUUAACAUUGUUUGAUUGUAGCCCUUUGGUUUAUAUUUCGGAUGCUAAAGUGGCCACGUGGUUGCCUUGUGUGAACCAACAAAAUAUAUCAUUCUUCGAGUGAG